AAAAUGAAUACAAAUAGGGGGGUUAUGCCUCUAGAGCAUCAGUAACUUGAUUUAUAACAUCACUGGCCAUGUUUAAAGCAUAAAAAGUGCAGUUUUGCAACUUUUUGUCAAAAAGUUGAAAAAAAUGUUCUCCAAGGCCAUAAAAACAUUUAGGGUCGGGCCAAAAAUUUAGGGUAGGUCGGGAUACCGGAAACAAACAAUUUUUUUACGCCUUAUCAUAAAUUCAAACCAUUUUAGAAAUAACAUACACUGUACAUUAUAUUUUAUUUAUUUAAUCUGCUGACAGACUUAUUGAGGGCGCUGUAUUUCAAGUAUCAGUGGAGAAUUUUUAAACGCUAUGUACAAAUGUAUCAAUUAAGUUAUUCAUAUAUUUGUAAUCAAUUAUUCUUCUGUUCGUAUCGUUGGUUUCGCGUAAGAGAGCAGUCGUAAAAUUGCAUUGCAACUAAAGUAGCGUUUGAUAAUAAAUUAUUUAACAAGAUAACUUAUGAAGUUUUUACAUUCGUUGCCUGUUGUCAAAUACACUUCAUGGCCUUUUAGAUAAAUACAGUAUAGAUAGUAAAUAAUUUUGACGGAAGAUUUGACAUAACAUUGUAAAAAAAUGGAUAUGAAACUUUUCUGGACUUUAACAUACUUAAUUUGUUGCAAGUAUUCAGCUUUUACCAAGGAACUAUGCCCGUGUAACAGAAAGUUUAUAGAAGAAUAUAACCAUGGCAACAACAAACCAGACCUCAGUAAGGACGAAGCAUGGAUGACCUUCAACUCGUCCGUGACCUUUGACAUACACAUCUACACCCAUAAUCAUGAAUGCUGGAAGUGUGAACUUAUAUAUCUGGACACCAUUCCUGGAACGUCAACAAAAACAAUUGUUUUGAACACAACAUAUGGUACCGACAUAGAACUUCGCAGGGACAUAGUCGGUCAAAAUCUUCAAUCCAAAUUAUGCGGAUUUACUGAAAAGUUCAGAGAGAAUGGCGACUAUUGGUUGUUUUACAACCAAUCAAAUUACGACUCGGCAUCAUGUGACUUCAGCCUUGCCAACGAUCCCAUGAUCGCAGAAAUGCCAAUCCUGUAUGUUGGAAUAGGCGUGGUCGUUCUCUGGAUCAUUGUCAAGGCCAUUUCAUACUGCUACAAAAUAAGGGUACGCGAUGAAUCAAUAUACGAGUUAGACCACACCCACGACGAGAGGCGUGAUAGAAAGAACCCACCAGCUACAAAUGAUAUCGCAAUGACAGUAACCACAGAAUCAUCUACCAAAGAAGAGCCCAUCAACACACACAAAAAGAGCCAGAGACUGCAUUCGCUCGACACCUUCAGAGGCUUGAGUUUAGUGAUAAUGAUUUUCGUCAAUUACGGCGGUGGGGGUUACUGGUUUUUUGAUCACCCCCCUUGGAACGGUCUCACUAUUGCUGAUCUAGUAUUUCCUUGGUUUGUGUUUAUUAUGGGUACAUCAAUGAACUAUUCAUUUAAAAGCAUGUUAAAGCGGGGUAAAUCUCGAGGUAUGAUGUUCUGGAAGGUUCUCAAGCGGACCUGUCUACUCUUCGCUUUCGGUAUUGUCCUCAACACCAACUGGGGACCGGUUGAUCUUAACCACCUGCGUAUACCUGGGGUCCUUCAACGUCUGAGUUUGAGUUAUUUUGGCGUGGCUUUUGUAAGGCUGCUGUUUGCCAAACACAAAGACAUUGGAAAGAACAAAAGCUGGUUUUGGAUCAGAGAUGUUGUUGUAAUACUGCCAGACUGGAUUAUAAGUCUUGGUAUCCUAGCAACGCAUUUGGCCUUGACCUUUGUACUUCAUGUACCUGGAUGUCCAACCGGAUACAUCGGUCCAGGCGGUUUGCAUGAGGGAAAACUUCACGAGUACUGUACUGGGGGUGCCGCCGGAUAUAUAGACAGGCUAGUCUUAGGGGAAAACCAUCUCUAUAGCAAUCCUACGCCAAAGGCGAUCUAUCAGACAAAGGUAUCAUAUGAUCCAGAGGGAAUACUUGGAACUCUCACGUCAAUAUUUCUCUGCUUUCUGGGACUGCAAGCAGGCCGUAUCUUCGUAUGUUAUGAGGGACAUGCAGGUCGUUUAAUCCGGCUACUUUUCUGGUCUCUAGUUACGGGUGCCAUUGGAGCAGCGCUGUGUAACUUUUCUAAAAACGAUGGCAUCAUUCCCUUAAACAAGAACUUGUGGUCAGUGUCGUUUAUCAUGGUGACAGCCUGUUUUGGAUUCUUUCUCCUCGGUCUCUUAUAUGUAUUCGUCGAUGUUCUAAAAGUAUGGAACGGCGCACCCUUCAUAUUUGCCGGUAUGAAUCCCUUGGUACUGUUCCUAUGUCACGAUAUAUUCUACCGCUGCUUUCCAAUCAACUGGCAGAUAGACCCUGUUCACUGGAAAUUGCUCAUUAAAGCUGUCUGGGAUGUAAUUAUCUAUCUUACACUAGCUUUUGUUCUUUAUUGUAAAAAGGUCUUCAUAGCCUUGUAGACUGAAACUUGAAAAUACAGGUUGAAAUGUGUGAAAAAGUUACGUAUUAUUAACUGGACUCAUAAUGUUUUCAUUGUCUUAGAUACUAGUAUUUUGAAAUGUGUUUUCAUUAAGCUUUUAUCUAGUUUUAAUUAAAUUUAAGAUAAUAAUGUCUUUCAAAAUGUAAAUGAAUUUCUGUAAUAUAAUAUAUAUUUAAGAUGAAAAUUGAAAACGUUCUACAAAUGGUUAGAAAUUCAGUUGGAAAUCUGAGAUGUACAUAUUACAGACUACUGUUAAGGUGAAACAUGAUUUCUUGUGAUGUAGUAUUACUAUUUACCAUAAAACCUUUUGAAGCUGU